CCAACACCCGGCCGGCUGAUUUGUCCACGUGAGCAUCGGAAUAUUCCAGACGCAGUUUGUUUAUUUUGGUUUCGGUGCGCACAAAUCACAUAACUCGUCGUGUUUAUUAUUAUUAUAAAGAAAAAAGGAAAAAUCUCGCGUGCUCAGUGCUCCAAAACCUGCAAUGGCAAGUACGUUUGAGAAGUUCAAAGAGUUGGACUUGUCGCGCGAGGAAGUGGAACGCAUCGGCGAAGCCUUAAAAAAGGAAGAGUUCAGGAAACUUCUAGUAGAUUACGUCGAGGAGGUGCAAAAUCCCGAAAACCAAAAGAAAUACCAGGAGGAGAUAACCGAGUUGGAGCGCGAAAGGGGCGUGGACGUCACCUUCAUCAACCCUAACCCAGGUUAUGUGAUAAAGACGAGUGUUGACGGAAGUAAAAAGUGCUUUAUUAAUGUGUGCGUCAACGAUAAUAUCCAGAAACCGUCGUCGUCGCCUGCGUGCAAAGAGGGAACGAAAGGGCUCCAGUGGGCUCUGCCCCACUCGUUGACACCUCCGAGGGAAGACAUCGACAACAAGGGGGCUCGUUGUGUCGUCUACGACGUAGUUUUCCAUCCUGACACCCUUCAUUUAGCUUACAAAAAUAAAGGGUUUCGCGCGAUGGUAAAUGCGACCGCUUGUGAGGCCGUGGAGGGUAACUUCGACGUCGCUUUGGACAAGAAGAAUCUUAAAUUCCCGAAACUACAGUACAAAGGCAUGCCUCACUCGAGCGUCGUCCGAAAACCCAUUGAAGGUUUCGUCGCCCCCGAAAUGGACCAAAACGAGAAAGAGUUGCUCGAUAAAAUCUACCCACCAGUCGACACCCACAAAAAGAAAGUGAAAAAAACGUCGCGGAAAAUCGACGAUAAGUCCAACUACACAACACCAAAGUAUGUGAUAAAACACCGCAGUCACGUUGAUAUACAAGACUGCGUUGAGGAUAAACAAGCAAAGUUGCACGCCGCAAUACCUAGAGAACUCAUUGUAGAAGUCAACCUCCCCUUGUUGAAGUCCUCGUCUGACAUCACGCUGGACGUGACAGAAAAAACCCUACAAUUGACCAGUGAGAAACCAUCAAAGUACAAACUCAAUUUAACCCUACCAUAUCGAGUCAGUCAGGAUAACGGAAACGCGAAAUUUGAUAAAGACCUUAAAAAACUCAUUGUGACUCUUCCUGUGAAACGUACAGUUCCUGAUUACGCGCACGAUAGCGGCGUGGAGAGUGACCAGGGCUCGCCCACCACCCCCCUAUCUGAAGACGACCCGUGUGAUAAAGUGUUCAGUGAGAGUGACCAUCGGACUAGCUUCCUCGAACCGAACUCUAGUUACGACCUUCCAGAAUUCACCUGCCAUUUGUUCGAAAACACGCUCGCGUUCACCCUCAACGUGAAAAACGUUGCUGAAAGCUCAAUAACCAAACUAGUACAAACAUCGUCAAUACACGUCAAAUUCACUAGCGUUAGUCCAAGUUACUAUGAAUCGCAUUACUCAUUUUACGUUAAAUUACCAUCACAAACCAUCGUCGAAGAUAGAGUGCAAAUAGAAACGUGGGAUAAUAACGUCAUAGUCCAGAUACCUUUUUGUGAUAACGAAUUAGAAUACUACUUUUACGGCCUAAACGAUCUCGAUUUGAAAAAGAAGUUUUUGGAAGAACCUUGUAUUUUAAAUAGUAUUUUGCAAAACCCUAUUCCUGAAGAACCAGAAGCUGACGUCGAAGAAAAAACGAGUGAAAGUAGCGACACUGUUGAAGAAAAUCGUUCAGAAAAUAUUACAGAGAAAAGUCGUGCUAUCAACAUCGCUGGAACGUCUUACGAGUCAAGUGGCGAUGAAUUAAGUUAUAGUUAUAGCCCGUCCAAAAGCAGAGGUAUCCUGAAACGUUUAUCAUCGAAUAGGCACUUUGUAGGUCGUAGUAUUUCAGAAUCAAGUUUAGAUGAUAUUGUGUGUUCGUCGCUGGAAUCGGCGAUCCCCGAAGAUGGAGAGAUUUCGACGAGUUUGAAGAAAACGGUUCGUUUUAAUGACGUUAUAAUGAGACAGUUGUAUAGAUCUAAUUCCAGUAUUCUUGGUCAAAAAAAGAAAAACCAGAGGAAAGCCAGGAAUAAAAAGCGUGCUCAAGAAAGACGUCAUAGUGAGAGUGAAGCUUCUGAAAUUGAAGACAGAAAAGAUGACGCACAAGAUAAGGGUGAUAACGAAAACAAUGAAGCUAGUGAUACAAAAGAUGAUGAAGAAAAGAGUGAUUAUAUUACCAGUGAUAUUUUCGAUAUGGAUAUGUCGUUCUAAUUUUUUUUUUUUUUGUAGUUUUGCUGUAACUGGAUAUGUGGUAGGGUUUUUUAAUUGUAAACAUAAUGUACUAUAUUGUUUCAAAGUUUUUAAAACUUUUUAAUGGAAAGAACAAGGGAAUGAAAUUCAGAAAGCGAUUUAGGUUUGUCAAAGUACAAUACACACUAUUUACAUGUCAAUGUGAUACAUUUUUGCUUUAUAUUUAGUUAUUGAUGAACAUUAUCCAGUGAUUUUUUAGUUAUUUCUACUUUUUCAUGUUCCAUAGGAAUGUACUACACAUAAUGGUGAUUUAUUAUCAAAUAAAAUUUCAAAUAAAGCUGAA